AGCCAGCGACCUGAGAGGAGAUGGCGGGGCGGCCGGGGCCUUCGAGCGAGGAGUCCGCGGGAGCCCUGGGCCGCGCUGGCGAGGCAGGAGGGCAGGCCAAGUCCUCACAAAAAAUAGAAGACUUGAUGGAAAUGGUGAAGAAGUUGCAGAAAGCGGGAAGCCUAGAGCCCAAGGUUGAGGUCCUGAUUAACCGGAUUAAUGAGGUUCAGCAAGCGAAAAAGAAAGCCAGUGAAGAGCUGGGAGAGGCCCGGACUGUCUGGGAAACCCUGCAAAAGGAACUUGACUCAUUGAGUGGAGAGAAAGUACGCCUGAAAGAGAUCUUGAGCAAAAAGCAAGAGACCCUGAGGAUCCUCCGGCUCCACUGCCAGGAGAAGGAAAGUGAGGCACAGAGGAAGCAAACCAUGCUGCAGGAAUGCAAGGAGCGAAUUUCUGCCCUGAAUUCCCAGAUCGAGGAAGAAAAGAACAAACAGAGGAAGCUGAGGUUGGAUUUUGAAGAACAGCUGGAGGAUCUGAUGGGCCAGCAUAAGGACCUCUGGGAAUUCCAUAAGCCAGAGCAACUGGCCCUGGAAAUUGAUGCCCUGGACAGCAGCAAGGAGCAGUUGCUCAAGGAAGAGAAGUUGGUGGAGGCAAAGCUGGAGGAUGUGAAGCAUCGUCUGUGUUCCCAGUUUGGAGCCAAGGGCUGCGCAACCAUCACUGAGGGGCUCUUCCUCCGCAGCCAGGAGGCAGCAGCUGUGGUGCAUCUGUUUGAAGAGGAGAACAGGAAGGCCCAGGAGCUCCUGGGGGCUGCUGCCCAGCGCCAGGAGCAGCUACAACAAAAGUGCCAGCAGCUACAGCAGAAGAAGCAGAGGCUGAAAGAAGAGCUGGAAAAGCUUGGGGUGCAGGUCCCUGCUCAAACCCAGAGAAAGCAAGAGGAAGGAGCUGGCCCAGGAGAAGCUGUGAGCCCUGGAAUUGGUCAGUGAGGAGAAAGACCCAGAGCUGCCCAUCAAGCAGGGCCUAAUGUCUUCCUAGGCAAGAAGGACCCACCAUACACUGGCACUUAUACCCUGGGCUUCAGGAAAUAA